AUGGAUGAGAAACGUUUAGAGGAUCUUUUCGACCAUGCUUUUAUCAAGUGUAUUAAGCAAAUGUUUUGGGCCCUGUCCGAUCACCGAGAUAAGGUCAUAUGGACAGGUACAAGAUCAGGUGUGUUCUCUGUCAAAUCAGCUUAUAAAAUGGAAGAGAAGAUGGAGGAGUGGGACAACAGCUGGUGGAACACUUUAUGGAGAAGUAGUUUGCAUGAACGCACUAAAUUUUUCAUGUGGAAGUUGGCAAAUGCUGGGAUACCCUUGCGAUCGAACCUUACUGCUAAAGGUUUGCAAUUAGAAAGUACCAAGUGCAUGCAUGGUUGCCAAUGUACGAAAAUUGAGCUUCAUGUAUUCUUCCACUGUGAGGUUGCUAAAAGAUUCUGGUUUGUGAGUCCAUGGGGACUUAGAUGGGAGGGAGUGAUCAGUUCUGACCUUUUAGAUCUUCUUCAUUGUUUAGCCAAUCCAUCGGAUUUUCUUCCAAUUCUUUCAGAGGAUAAGGAUGAAUUCUUCACCUAUAGCGCAAUCCUCAUGGAACAUAUAUGGUGUCUACGCAACAAGAAGCUUCAUGAAGGAACUUUAACAGCCAUAGAUUUGUCUCCGCGAACUAUAAUGGCUCGGUAUACAAAACUGAAGGAUGCUAUCCGGCGAGAUGGGAGGGAUCAAUUUCAUAAUCGGAUCACCAUAGAAAUUGGCAGUCAUCUUGCUGUGAUCGCAUGGCAUGAACAGGGUAGGAUCCUCCAUAUUCAGACCUUCAAAUCAACUGCGAAUAUAUCUGAAACAGUUGAAUUGGAAGCAAUCUUAAAGGCCAUACAAAUUGCAAAGGGUUUUGACUGGCCCAAUGUUAUUCUGGAAUCAGAUGCACUAUCAGUAAUCCAAGCCCUUAAACACAAAAACAAUCAAUCUCUUCACUGGGCUUCGGAACCUAUCUUCAAAGAUGUCAUUUUACUCGGUUCUAAUUUCAUUCACUGUUCCUUCAGCUGGGCCCCUAGGAAAUCAAAUAUGCUAGCUCAUUAUGUUUGUCAAUGGGCAACGAGCCAAGAAGUAUACGGGCCUAUCGACCCGAAUUGGCUCCCGCCUUCUAUCUUUGCUUUUUGUAUGGCUCGGGAGAGUGUACCUGAGAAAAUCUCUCGAGCCUAG